AUGCAGUUUGUAAUUUUUAUUUGUGCGCUCAUUACGCCUGCUGUUUUAGCCAGACACUUUGUAAGUGAGAGGCCAAUUUGUUACGUACCAGUGCCCAGGAAGCCCGACUUUGGAGUGAAAACCAGCGCUCGUCCUCAUGAACUCCUGAAUCUUGCUGUUCUCCCAAAGUCCUGGGACUGGAGGAAUGUAAACGGUGUCAACUAUGCCAGCACAACUCGUAACCAGCACAUCCCUCAGUACUGCGGGUCCUGCUGGGCUCAUGGCAGCACGAGUGCUAUGGCAGAUCGCAUCAACAUCAAGAGGAAAGGAGUGUGGCCAUCUGCUUAUCUGUCUGUCCAGCACGUGAUCGAUUGUGCUGAUUCUGGCACUUGUCACGGAGGGGACCAUGGAGGGGUAUGGGAGUAUGCCCACAAUCACGGCGUCCCUGAUGAGACCUGCAAUAACUAUCAGGCCAUCGAUCAGAAAUGCAAACCAUUCAAUGCAUGUGGGACUUGCACAACUUUUGGGAAGUGCAGUAAUGUGCCAAACUACAAUUUGUGGAAAGUGGGAGACUUUGGAGCCAUUAGUGGACGGGAUGAUAUGAAGGCAGAAAUUUUCACUGGAGGACCAAUCAGCUGUGGAAUUAUGGCCACAGACAAACUUGAUGUGUACUCCGGAGGACUGUACUCAGAAUAUGUUGAGUCCCCUGCCAUCAACCACAUUGUGUCAGUAGCAGGCUGGGGAGUAGAAAAUGGCACUGAAUACUGGAUUGUGCGUAACUCCUGGGGAGAGCCAUGGGGUGAGAAGGGCUGGCUCAAGAUUGUUACAAGUGCCUACAAAGAUGGAAGCAAAUACAAUCUUGCUCUGGAGGAAGAUUGCAUGUAUGGAGAUAUGAUUGUGGCCUAA